GUCGUGAUCCUCUAAUUGCUUCUAUCGUUUUUAGCGCGCUGUACGAAAUUUGCGGUAAAAAGGCGAUCAAAACCCAACGUUACUUUAAACGGACGGCCACACCUCCAUCCCUCCCCUACCCACCGCACAUUGCAUACCGUCCGGAUCCCCCGGUCCCGCAACCCGGGCUUAUUAUACCCCAGUACCGGCAGCCAUGGCGGACAUCAAAACGGGAAUUUUCGCCAAAAAUGUACAGAAGAGACUAAACAGAGCGCAGGAAAAGGUGCUUCAGAAGCUGGGAAAGGCCGACGAGACGAAGGAUGAACAGUUUGAAGUAUUUGUCCAAAACUUUAAAAAACAGGAGGCAGAAGGAACUCGGCUGCAAAAGGAAAUGAAGGCAUACCUGGCCGCCAUUAAAGGGAUGCAGCAGGCGUCCAUGAACUUAACAGAGUCCCUGCAUGAAGCGUACGAGGGCGGCUGGUACGGGAAGGAUGCUGUCAUGGCCAUUGGGAAGGAUUGUGAUGCUCUCUGGGAAGACUUUCAUCAGAAGCUGGUGGACUCAUCGCUUAUCACCUUGGACACAUACCUGGGACAGUUUCCUGACAUCAAAACCCGCAUCGCGAAAAGAAGCCGGAAGUUAAUCGAUUAUGACUCCACUAGACACCAUCUGGAGACGCUGCAAGCGUCGAACAUAAAGAACGAGAGGAAAAUCUCAAAGGCAGAAGAGGAGUUUAACAAAGCACAGAAGGUCUUCAGUGACCUAAACGUAGGCCUGCAGGAAGAGCUGCCCUCACUUUGGGACAGCCGAGUGGGAUUCUACGUGAACACGUUCAAAAAUGUGACGAACCUGGAGUGCAAAUUCCACAAAGAAAUCACUGUGCUGUGCCGCCAGCUGUAUGAGGUCAUCAUGAAGCUGGGCGAACAGCAUGCAGACAAGGCCUUCACAAUCCAGGGAGCUCCCAGUGACUCAGGUCCCCUUCAACUCGCUGGCACUCCCUCCCCUCCAGAUGAGUCUCCCCCUGGCAGCCCUGGCACUACCUCCGGUCAAAUGUUGGCACCAAUUUCCCCUGGGCCGCCUCAGUUGAAGUCACCCGGCCAGUCGAGGAAGGGGCCCCCAGUUCCUCCACCCCCUAAACUGACACCCACCAAAGAGAUGCAUCAGGAGCAGAUAAUCAACCUGUUUGAUGACAACUUUGUCCCGGAAAUCAAUGUCAGCGCUCCACCACAGAAUGAAAAGGUCUCAGAGUCUCUCCUGGAUCUGGACUUCGACCCCUUCAAGCCAGACACCUGUUUAUCCAUUGGACAGUCACAGUCCCCAAUGUCACAGAUGACAGUUUUGGCGCAUUUCUAUACGCUGCCCUGGGAUCUGUGGACGGCAGAUAUUGUUCCCUCACAGCCAGUAUCCAGCAGUGCAUUUGAUGACUUUUCAAAGCUGGCCAUCUCUGGCUUUGCCAAAGGUUCGGCUCAGAGUGUGUUUGAUGAAGUGCCUGCGGCACCGUCUGCGCCCCCUGCUGUUGGAACGGAAGAACCUCCUGGACCUGUGACAACUCUGGGACAGACCCAAGAACCCUCCACAGAUACCAGCACUAACGCUGGGGAUACCAGCCCCCCUAAAGAGGAAAGUGCAAACCUGACUGUGGUGGAUGUGGAAGAGACAUUAAUGAGUGAAGAAGCCAAGCCCUCUGAGGUACCCUGUGGCUUAUUCCCUCAGUGUAAUACCAAAGGCUUAUCAAAUUCGGAACCCCCGACACUUGAAGCUGAGAGGGAAUCUCCUGCUGAAGCAGUGCCUGGCCCAGUAACAGUGGAGGAGGCAGAAGAGCAGCCCAGCCCUACUGACGAGCUGACUGUAGUGUCUGAAGUAAGGGACGAAAAUACAGAAGAUGUCAGAGAAGACUCUCAGGAUGAAGAGCAGACAAUGGUCAUCCCUUCUGUGGUGAUUGAAGCUGCCUCAAGCAACGAGGGUGACGAUGACCAUGACGCCGAGUUCACCACGCCCGCUGGAAUAAGCGAUGGCGGAGAGGCUGAGACCAACUCAAGCAAAGGAGAUCCAGAGGACACUAAUAGCCAAUCAGAUGGCUUCCAGUCAGGCAAAGGAGAUCCAGAAGACACUAAGAGCCAAUCAGAUGGCCUCCAGUCAGGCAAAGGAGAUCCAGAGGACACUAAGAGCCAAUCAGAUGGCCUCCAGUCAGGCAAAGGAGCUCUAGAGGACACUAAUAGCCAAUCAGAUGGCCUCCAGUCAGGCAAAGGAGAUCCAGAGAACGCUAAUAGCCAAUCAGAUGGCCUCCAGUCAGGCAAAGGAGAUCCAGAGAGCACUAAUAGCCAAUCAGAUGGCCUCCAGACUGGCAAAGGAGAUCCAAAGGACACUAAUAGCCAAUCAGAUGGUUUCCAGGGACUUCCUUCUGGUUUCCUCUUCAAGGUGGAAAUGCUCCAUGAUUUUGAAGCUGCAAGCUCUGACGAGCUGGAGCUGAAGAAAGGAGAUGUGGUUCUGGUCAUCCAGACAGAGAUGGCAGCUCAGGAUGAAGGCUGGCUCACAGGAAUUAAGGAAUCCGCUUGGUUAAAAGAAGGAGACGUUGCAUGUAAGGGACUCUUUCCGGAAAACUUUACCCAGCGUCUUCAGUAAGGCUCCCAGAACUAAUGAGAGCACAGCCAAAACUGCUGUCUGACACCAUCAGUGGAUGUUUGUUGAAAGCAAGUGAAAAUCAACCAAACAAGCAGAGUGACUCUUUGUGGACUUGAAUAAAAUUACUAUUUAAUCACAUAAAUAAUAAUGAAGCAUGAUGCAAGACUAUAAUCUGGCUACUUCUUAAACCAAAACCAACAUGUUUACCGCUGAGAAACAAAAGAUGCUUUUCUUUCAAUAUAAAACUGUGGAAAAAUAAAAUUCUAAUAAACAUGUAGGAAAAGGUGAUGUUUUUUCACCUUUCACAUAUAUAAAUAUUUAAAUAUUGUUGCUUUGAUACCCAAUUCAAUGUAUAAUCUGCAUAAAGAAACCUAUUUAAAGUUUACAAAGACACAAUUAUACAAUUUUUUUUGUUGGAUUUAUAACUAUAACCCAAUUUGUUGUUUGUGUUUGAUUUUUUUUUAAUGGCUAGAUAAGGUCUUGAUUUUGCAUCAAGUUGUUGCCAAAAUAAAACACUAAUAAAACACUAUUUGGUGUUACGAAA